AUGGCAGCGGCCUCCGCCUACGCCGUUGCGGUCGCUCUCUUCUUCCUGCUCGCCGCCGAUGGCUGCUGCGCCUGCUUUUGGUUUCUGCCUGCCAUAUUCUGCCCCGGACACUCCCCUACACCUACACCCGCCCCCGCUACCCCCACCCCCAGCCCCGGCAGCGGCGGCAGCGGCACCAACGUCGACGGCGGGGGCUGGCUCGACGCCAGGGCCACCUGGUACGGCGCUCCCGGCGGCGCCGGGCCGGACGACAAUGGUGGCGCGUGCGGGUUCAAGAACGUGAACCUGCCGCCGUUCAACGCCAUGACGUCGUGCGGUAACGAGCCGCUCUUCAAGGACGGCAAGGGAUGCGGCUCGUGCUACCAGAUAAGGUGCGUGGCUCACGCAGCGUGCUCCGGCAUCCCUGAGACGGUGAUCAUCACCGACAUGAACUACUACCCGGUGGCCCGCUACCACUUCGACCUCAGCGGCACCGCCUUCGGCGCCAUGGCCAAGGACGGCCGAAACGACGAGCUCCGCCACGCCGGCAUCAUCGACAUGCAGUUUAAGAGGGUGCCGUGCCAGUACCCGGGGCUGUCGGUGACGUUCCACGUGGAGCAGGGGUCGAACCCGAACUACCUGGCCAUCCUGGUGGAGUACGAGAACGGCGACGGCGACGUGGCGCAGGUGGACCUCAUGGAGUCGCGGCCGGACAAUGGUGAGCCGACGGGGGUCUGGACGCCGAUGAGGGAGUCGUGGGGAUCCAUCUGGCGCCUGGACACGCACCGCCCGCUGCAGGGGCCCUUUUCUCUGCGGGUCACCAACGAGUCCGGCAGGUCGCUCGUCGCCGAGCAGGUCAUCCCAGCCGACUGGCAGCCCGACACGGUGUACAGCUCCCUCGUCCAGUUCGAUUGA